AUGGUGAGGAAGGACGAGGAAGAGGGGCCCGCGGACCGCGUGCCUCACCUGCCGUGGAUGCGGUACCCCGUCGACAUCGACACCUUCUCCGGCUGCCCCGUCACACUGCUUCCCCGCCUCGACCCGAGAAUCUGCAGGGAUCAAGAAGAUGAUGACAGUGGAGGGAAGAAGCAGGACGCGCUGCCUGCGAGCCUGCGCCUCGGCGCCAGCCUGGUGAUGCUGCUGUCCAAGAGCACGACGGAGCUGAGAAGGACGGUUGAGCAGGAUGGUGGAGCUGAGGGCCCAGAUGGAGCGCCUGCUUCUCGACGCCAGGGAACGUGCGUAGCUGCAAUGGCAAUUGCACAGACUGCGCCAGCGUCGUCAAGGUCCCAGUCCGACGGGCGCCCUCCUUGCUGGAGAGACAGACAGCGGCGGCGAGAGCCAAGACCACGAGGAGGAGGAGGAGGAGGACUACGACCGCACGCUGAUGAGGGGAACAGGAUCAAGAGCCCGCCCCAUGGCGGCAUGUCGGCCCUCGAGCUGGAGCGGAGGCUGCACCAGCUGCGGCACGAGGCGCGGAUCGCGGAGCUGGGGUGUGAGGCCAACGGAGGUGGUGGAAAGGGAAGUACAUGGGCUCGGUAG